AUGGAUUUAGACAAGAUCUGGGGAUUCGAAGUGGAAAAAGAUACCAUUUUAAUUAUGAUCAAGGGUUUCAUUGAGAAUCUGAAUCAAAGAAAUUUCGAUGGGCCUAAUUUAUCUGAAUUUGUCGAAAAGGUAAUUGUUUUAAGAAACGAUUUUGUGGGUCUAAUCGCCGACGAGACGACAGCGCCGUCCAAACAAGCCAUACCCACUAAACUUCAAAGAACGACGAGCGAAAUUCGAAAAAAAGAUAAGGAAAAGGAAGAAGACAAAGAUAGUGAUGGAAGUAACUACGUGGCUAAGAUGAUUAAGAAUCAUGAGUCUAUUAUAAGAAGACAAAACAGAGAAUUGAAACGAUUGAAUGGAGAGAUUCUUGGUGGGAAAGUUCAUCAAGCUUUUAAGAAACUUAAGGGGACAGAUGAUGAUGGAAUGGAAAGAAACCUCCAUCAAGUUAUUGCUCAUUUGGAUGAAAUCAUUGCAUGGAAUGCCGAGAAAAUGGAUAAAGAUUCAAUCUUGAUUGGUCAAAAUCGAAUGAAGUUAGAACAAGAGAGGGAUGAUUCAAUUUUGACAAUGUCGAUCAUGGAGGAAAUUUAUCAACUUCUUUUAAAAGGUUUGGUGAAAGAUUUUCAGCAUGAUUUAGAGGAUGAAACGUCUCAUGAUCUCGUAAUCGAAGGGCUAAUAAGAGAGGAUGUUUUCAAAGUCAAUUGCAUGGAAAUGAUUAAAGAAUAG